AUGUUAGCAUUCCUGCUGGGGGAAAUUAAGAAGACUGGACUCCUUUGUGUUGAAAUGAAGCAAAAAGAGCUCAAUGUGAAUCGACAGCAGAGGAUCCAGGACCGAGAGGAAGAUGUAAAGCUGCUUCAACAGGAGGUAGAGGAAGUUGAUGCUUUAUUGUCACAAACCGAGCCCAAAACCAGAGCUGAAUUCUCUAAAUAUUCACGUGAAAUCACACUGGAUCCAAACACAGCAACCAAAGGGCUGUCCUUGUCUUUGGAGAACAGGAAAGUCACAGUCACAAAACGAAAACAGAUAUAUUUCAGUCACCCUGACGGAUUAGAUAUCUGGCCUAAGGUCCUGAGUAGAGAGGCUCUGAUUGGACGAUGUUACCUGGAGAUCGAGUGGAGAGGGUAUCAACUGGAUUUGGCCCUCGCAUACAAGAGUGUCAACAUGAACGAGGAUGAAAUUGGAUUAGGAUUCACAGACAGAUCUUGGAGUUUGAGAUGUGAGAACCACUAUUUUUCCUUUUGGUUCAAUAAUGUGGAAACUCCCCUCUCAGGUGCUCGUUCCAACAGGAUAGGAGUUUACCUGGAUCACAGUGCAGGGGUUCUGUCUUUCUACAGCGUCUCCAGUGAAACCAUGAACCUCCUCCACAGAGUCCAGACCACCUUCACUGAGCCUCUCUACGCUGGAGUUUGCUUUUAUGACAACUUUGGAGACUAUGCUGAGUUCUGUAGACUUAACUAGACAGAAGAAAUUCAAA